UGAGCGUCUGGGGCACGCGCUGUGUGUGGUAGAACUGGCGCUUAAUCUGUCUUUGCUAAUGCUUCAUUCGUCUGUCUCUAAUGGUCAUUCAUGCACAAUUUCUUUUAUUGUUAUUGGAAUAUUACAGCAAUUUUGUUCAAGCUGCUCCCCACUGAUUACUAUUUAAGAGUUAGUGUCCUUGUUAAAGUGACUGAAUAAGAUAAAACCAAGUAUUCGCUUCCUUUCCUAUAAUGUUUUUUGCCACGGUGGCAAUGAUGCCAUGUCUUUUUUUUGUACCCUCCCAGAUGACGCGAAAUGCCUGACCGUAAGCUUUGUUUUGGUUCAAAAUGCUGUAACUCUCACGGUUGUAAGAUCGCUGAUAUAAUACCAACAGAAUGGCAGAGAGGUGGUGGGGAGAUUGGAUUAAGCAAAACAUCGCAACGGUGAAAGCCAAGUCUGCGAAAGCUGUGGAGUUUUUGACGCAUGAUCUGGCUGAAUUCACUCAGGUUAUCCAACAUGAUACUGUGACUACCAUUGCAGCCACAGCUUUAGCAUUCAAAGAGAAGCUUAAUGUUGAGGAACACACAGAAGGAGAUCAGGCAUUCAGCAAGGGGCUUUCAAGCUUGCUUGGAGCUAUCUCUGAAGCGUUUACACCUACAGUGGAAGAAUCCAUUACUUCUGAUGUGAAAACAAUAAAAGAUAUUCAGCUGAAAAUUAGCCAGUCUUACGAUGGUGUUAAGGUCCGACUCUAUAACCUUCAGGCUGAUCCUGCGACAUAUUCCAGUGUUCCCGAUGAACAAUAUAACUUCUGGUUGUUGACCUUCAGCUUGGAAGAUGAGAAGUGUGCAAUAUCAGAUCUCUUGGUCAAUAGCCCACCAAUAAGAGAUCUUUACACAAAACUGGUUCCUUCUGAAGUUACUCAUGCUGACUUUUGGUGUCGGUAUUUCUACAGAGUCCAUCAGCUUCAUCAGGAGGAAGCUAGGAGAACAGCUUUAAAAGAGAGAGCAAAACAAAGCACAUAUUCUGAAGACCUUAAAUGGGAAGAUGACGAAGAUGAGUGGGAUGGCACAAGUGUAUCCUUGGCUACUACUUUUCGACCCAACGACCUAAAUAUAUUAACUAAGGACAGGCACAGUAAAAUACUUGAACAACAAGGAAGCAAAGUGGAAAAGACUGGCUUGGGAGUCACUGUGACAGGUCUUUCUGAAAGCACAUCAAGUGAAAUGCAGCCACUUGCAUUGCUUUCUGUUGAGGACAAUAAAGGAAUCCAAUGUAAAUCCCCAGCAGGAGAAACCAUCCAGAUGUUGGAAUCGUUUUUGGAAAUUAAGAGGAAACGUGAAAAUAAAAGUGUUUUGCAAGAAGAAUUGCGUUACAAACUAUUUGCAGAUGAAGGCCUAAGUAUCAGUGAGGACACUCCAGGCUUUGAAGAGUACCCUGUAUCCACUCCUGAGCUGAGAAAUCAUGAUCGUAUCCAUUUACAUUCUGACACUGCUCAAAAUGCAACAGUAGAAUUAAAUUCUAAUAUUGAUGAAUCUGCUUUUAUAGGUAAAAAUGGAAACACUUCAAAUGAUGUUGAAAACUGGGAUGAAGAUCUUGAUCUGGACAUGACUGAAGAGGAAAUCCAGAUGACUUUAUCUCGAGCUGAAGCCUCAGGAGAGCUUGAACCUGAAGAGUGGGAAGAUUGGGCAUGUGAGCAAAAGUGAACUCUUGACCUCCAGACAAUUACCUACAAUAUUUAUUGUGCAAGAGCACAAGUAACUGAGUACUGUGUUACAAGCUGUUGCCAUUAUUUGAGUGCCACAUUAAAAGAGACAACAAACUGUU